UAAAUUAGACACCUAAAAACUCGGAAUCAGACCAAUGGACAUAUGGGCUAUAAUAAAUCAAUGAUUGAAAAGUGAAAAAAAAGUCGAAGUAAAGUCCACUGAGCUAAAUCUCCGCAGUUGGCUUGAGCGCCGAAAGAACUACAAGAAGUUCCAAAGUACAUUGUUUUUCCAGCCGGAGCAUAACACUGGGAGCACGAAAAUGGCGACCUCCUUGCUGCGGUUAGGGCGACUGGGUUCCCUCAAGUGUCUCCAGUUGGAGAGCUGGGGCGUCCUGAGGAGUAGCUCGGCUGCUUCCUUCUGCACUCAGGCUAAAGAGCCCGCAAAGCCAGCGAAGAAGACAAAGGCUGCUGGCAAGACAGCAGAGGCUCCAGAUGACAGAGCAACCUUGCUGGCCUACAAGACAGCAGUUGCCUUCCCAGUUAAACUUUCCGAGUCUGGGCCUUUCCCAACACAGUCUCUAGGUGUAACUGAACCAGUGGCCAGCCCCGCUGCCACCGCAGAAACGAUUGUAGCCGCAGCAUCUGUCACUGCUGCCAGUGAACCAGCUGUUGCUGACCCAGAUGUUGCUCAGGUUAUGCCUGACACCGCUCCGCCUGUAGUUGACGCAGCCCCCCUAGCUGCUGAGGCCCUGGUCGAUGCAAGCGGUAAAACCUCCGCACCAGACGGCACUCCAGUCGCAGCCUCCGCCACAGAGGACGCAGUCCCGGCCGCCGCAGCCUCCUCUGAGCCUGGUGAUCCAGCAGCUGACGGGUCGUCCUCCUCAUCGUCCAGCGAUUCGGACUCAGACUCAGACUCUGACUCUGAGGACGAGAAGUCACAAGUGAAGACUGAAACCAAGACCUCGCCACCAGAGGUGUCAGAAUCCACUGUGAAAGAAGUCCAAGAGGUUGCAUCAGAAGUGAAACAAGACGCCAAUGAAGCGAAGAAGGAAGUUCCACCGGAACCUGAAGUUACUCCCACUUGUGCUGCUGAGGCUGCAGAGGAGGCCUCUCCAGCAGCAGCAGCAGCAGCAGCAGCAGCAGCAGCAGCACCCACAGAAGCAAUUCAAGCCAUAGUCGAGGCUCCCAGCGUUAGCUCCGAAGAGUUAGUAGACCCCGCUCCUGAGAUCGCCACUGCCACCAAAGACACCGUGACCAGCCCUGAAGUUCUGGCGGAAGCUGCGGUGGAACCUGCUCCAGAAGUAAUAGAAGACGUUGCGUCUCCUGCCAUCCCCGUUGCGCAAGUAGAAACUCCAGCUGAAGUUGUGAUCGAGGCUGCAACUCAAGAAAAAUCCCCAGCUGAUGCUCCCGUAGAAACCACAGAGCCUGCCUCUGCCCAAGCCCUUGGAGAAGCUGCCGAAGCCCCCUCAGAAACUACUGAAGCUGCCCCUGUAGAAGCUGCUGCAGAGCCUGUAGAAGCUGAAGCUGCCCCCACUGACGUGGCUGCCGAGGCUGCAGCUGAAGUUUUGGCCCCCGUGGAGAGCACCGAGGAGCUGGUGGACCCUGCUCCAGUCAUAGCUGAAGCUGCCCCCACUGAAGCGGCUGCCAGGGCUGCAGCUGAAGUUUUGGCCCCCGUGGAGAGCACAGAGGAGCUGGUGGACCCUGCUCCAGUCAUAGCUGAAGCUGCCCCCACUGAAGUGGCUGCUGAGGCUGAAGCUGCCCCUGUAGAAGCUGCUGCAGAGCCUGUAGAAGCUGAACCUGCCCCCAGUGAAGUGGCUGCCGAGGCUGCAGCUGAAGUUUCGGCCCCCGCGGAGAGCACCGAGGAGCUGGUGGACCCUGCUCCAGUCGUAGCUGAAGCUGCGGGAGAGGAGCUGCAGGCGGAGUCCCCUGUUGAACCAUCUGAGGAGGCUCCAGCGGCGGCACCUCCAGAGCCCGAUGAGCCUUUUGACAACAGCACUUAUAAAAACUACCAGCACCACAACUACACCCCCUUCACAUUUGCAGACCUGGAUGUAGAGAUGGCCAAGUUCCGUCUCCCGCAGCCCUCCUCCAUCAGACACUAGAAGAGUUGGCCUGGCUGCAAACUGUUAAUGUUGCUGAGAGAUAAUGGUGAUGGUGUUGUACCUUUUUAUGAUGAUUAUCCCCUCGACUGUCAGAUCAGCAUGACAUUCUGCUGUUAAAUGUUAUAUUAUUAAAGAACACAAAUGAGAAAUGAA